AUGAAUGACUCUCAGGUCGCGGCGCAUUUCUCCUCAAAACGACCUAUAUUAGGCAUGUGCCUAAAGCGAUACUCAAUGCUACCAAACGGCAAAGCCAUAAGACUCAACACUUUCAUUGAUAUUCCGACGGAAAUUGGGUUACCUCAUUUUAUCCAAGACGAUAAUAUGGAGGAGGAUGGGCCGAUAUAUGGAAACUUCAAGCUGUCAUUGCAAGCCCUGGUCUGCCAUAGAGGCAACUCGGUUGAUUCCGGGCACUACAUAGCAAUCGUUCGGGGGACUAGUGCCGGUGCACCACCAUCGAGCUCUCAUGGCUCGGAACAAUCCAGCGAAGAUACUCCGAGAUAUUGGAUGCGAUUUGAUGAUUUGGCCGCAGAACGGGUCACUCUUGUCGAUAUCGAGCAAGCUCUAAAGACCGAAUCGCCAUACCUUCUGUUCUAUCAGAUUCUGCCCAUUGACGUUGAUGCAGCGGCCGCCAACCUCUCAAACAACGCGCCGUCGUCUGUAGGCUCGGCGGAGCCUCAGGACCUGGAAGGAACAGACCUAUCGCCCAGGCUACGUCCCAAUCAAUUCAGCGGAGGAUACAAGUCUGGCCGGCCCAGCUUAGAAAUCACCGUUGCUGACGACCUGAGCUCUUUGACUUUAUCUACUGAGGACUCGACGGAUGCUCAAAGCACUAUUGCAGGUCUAGAGCUGCACUCUGCGCCAUCAACAUCACCAAGGCUUGUCCCAAGGGAUGAGAACGAAGGUAGAAGCUCAUUUUCUUUCUCGAGGCGCGGAUCGCGCGCUACAAGGUCCAAUCCAGGAAGCCGUGCUGGAAGCCAGGUUAGCGAGAAUAGGAUCAGUGCGACGUUUUCUCGUUUCGCGGGCCGCCUAAGCAAGGACAAGAUUGGCAGUGAUUCAUUUGCAAUUGACGACGAUGACGAUGAGACCACCAAGAAUGAAUCUACAGGGCUCACUGUCGAGAGUAUCAAGUCCGGCGAGAUUCGAGACAGAAGUCCGAGACGGUCGAGAUUCACCGAUAGGCAGAAAGAGAAGGUGAAGGGGAAGUCAAGAGAAAGAAGAGGCCGCAAACUCGAACGGGAAUGUACUGUUAUGUGA